UUCUUUCCCCCCAGCCCGCUCCUCCUCCCUCUCCUCCACCGCGGGCUUCCUCUGGGCCACCUCCACUUCCUUCCCCUCUGGUGCACUGCGAAGAUCGCCGGGGUCGGGACCCACGUGGCGCCCUGUUCUUCACCGCAAAAAGAGAAGGCUGCGUAGAGGUAACAAUGAAUGUGGACCAUGAAGUUAACCUCUUAGUGGAGGAAAUUCAUCGUCUGGGUUCAAAAAAUGCUGAUGGGAAGAUAAGCGUGAAAUUUGGGGUCCUCUUCCAGGAUGACAAGUGCGCCAAUCUCUUUGAAGCCUUGGUGGGAACGCUCAAAGCCGCGAAGCGAAGGAAGAUUGUUACAUACCCCGGCGAGCUGCUCUUACAAGGUGUUCAUGAUGAUGUCGACAUAACACUGCUGCAAGACUGAUGUGGUUGCCUGAUUUUGUGCAUUGUCCCCUUUUGUUUCUGGUAAACUGGAAUAUGCGGCCAAAGGAUCAAGCUAGGAACAUGCUUGAUGUAUUUUUAUAGAACUUUGUAAACAAAAGGAGACUUGCAUUUUAUCGAUCUGUUCGUUUUUAUAUCUUGAAACAAAUUGAUGUAUCACAUGUAUUACACUGUAAUAUAAAAGCCUAUUAUUUUUCUCAGGAAUCUGGUAGGGAAAUUGUAGACACAAACUUUUUUUUUUGGUUGUGGGGGAAGUGUGUUUGUUUCAUAAAACAUUCUUAGAAAAUUUCUAGAGAUUUUGGAGACUCUCUCAAGGAAGCCCACUGAGGACCAGUUCCCACAAGGAAUGUUCUGUUUAUGUAAUAAAGACAUGUGAUGUCGUAAA